AAUGAGUAUUUAGUAUAAUUAAUAAAAAUUCAAACGUGGUAUUCUGAAGGUAUUCUUCUAUACAAAUAUCGCAACAAAUAUUUAUUAUUUAGUGAGCAACUUAUAAUGUGUAAACAAUAACAAUACGAUAAACUAAUCUAUUUUGAUAAUCUCAGAGUGUGAUUAAGCACAGAUGAGAGAUCUACAAGUAUUGUUUUAUUGGUGUGUCACAGUCUUAAUACUUCAAUGGAGACAUUUUCUGGCUAUAAGAAACAUCUCUUGUUUGGAGCACAUAGCUACAUCUCAACAGUUGUCUGAGUUUAUUAAUGUGACAACGGAGAGUAACACUUGUAAAAUAUUGCUGGGUACGGAAGACUUCAAGACUCUACGAUUGUUUGGUGACGUGUUUGUGGACAAGAGUGAGAUGAUUAAUGAGUAUCUGUCACGUGGGGGGCUUAUAUUGGUUAUAACUAGACCAACAAAGUGGGGAAAGACUGUAAAUAUAAACAUGUUUAAAAGAUUUUUUGAAAUUGAAGUAGAUGAUAAAGGUGUACCGGUGAGCAAAGAAAGUGCCUACAACAGAUUGCUCUUUACUGGAGGCUGUGUUGACCUCAGAGAAGGGAAAAUAAGAAAACUCAAGCCUUUGAAAAUAGCACAGUUUUCAAGUGCAAUGGAUCAUCAAGCUGCCGUUCCUGCUGCAACAUCUCGUGCGCCAUGUCCGUGAGUUCAACUUCGAGCCUCUGAUUUUAACUUUGAGUGCUUCCAGCAUUAUGUUUUAGACUUCUAGUUUACUAAUCUUCAGUUUUUCCGACUACAGCUGCAAUGUCAAGCCAAGAUGCUGAUGCCCGCGCUUGUGAGUCGACAUCAACGUGAAGGGAAGUUAAUUUUAAAGUUUUAAAUAAUUAUUAAGGUUGUAUGCAAAAUUCCCAUAGAACAUUGGAACCAUUAGACCCACACUCAUGAUAUAAUUUCGUUCUUUAUUACUCUAUUUGGCAGCAACGUGGCAAUACAUUAUUUUAACAUCUAGAAGUGGUGCUUUUAUGUUUAUUUUCCGCAAUUAAACAUAUAAGUAACCUUUGGAAAUCGAGUAUUCAUUACUAUGACCUCAGCGGUAUCCAACCUCAUAUGUUUUGUCCAUUUGGUACAAAGCCACAUUUUAUUAUGUAAUAACGGUGUGAAAUUACAUUGAUGAAGAAAUUAUAUGACAGUAAUUGGAUGAUGAGUGACAAUAGAAUAUCCACCCAGUUCCCCUGACCAUACGCCAAUGGAUUUUCCUAUUUUACAAAAAAAAAAAAAAAUGUUAAAGAUAAAUGUUUUUGAGAACAUUUAUUCUAAUAAACGACUUUGUAAUGUAAUGUAUAUGUAGUUAUUUCUAGAUACCUGAUAAAAUGUGUUUAUAAGUUAUUCUGUAGUUUGAAAAUAUUAAAUUUUGUACAGAAAUCUAAUUCUCUAUUACAUAUUAGUAUUAAAUAAGUAAUGCCAUUUGACUAAUUCGAUAUAAAAAAAUUAAGUAGAUAAUAUAUUUAUAUACUAAAUAUAGACAAGUACAAAACAUGUCUUACCUGUAUUGUCAACAUAUAACAUGAGUAUUUUGAUUAUUGUACACAAAAUAUAACAAAUAUCAUUUUAAUUAAAUUUAAAAUAAGUUUGUCUUUGUGCAUAAAUAGCAAUUUCUCCAUUACAAAUUAAGGGAAACUUAUUGGCUCUUGCUAAAGCAUAUGAAUUGUUGUUUUGAUUUGUAUACAAAAGUUUUGAAAAAUUUACUACUUGAGACAAAGUCAUUGUAAUAUUGGUAUUUUUGACAUUUAAUAAGAUUUGCACAUUCUGUUUUGGAACGUAGAUUCUAAAAGUCUUGUCUUUUUAAAGUUAACAGUUGUACUUUCACAAAAAUCUAAUACCAAAACUUUACUGGCAAAAAACUAUAGUAAAAACGUUUUGGAUUUCUGUGAGUGUAAACUGUAGUUUACGAUGAACAAAAACCUUUAUUUUAUAAAAUAGAAGACGCAUAUGGAUUUCACGCAUUGGUUGAUUAGAAGUAAACUCAACUUCCUAUAAUUUUUUGUACAAUCAAUAAUUCUUUUAGGCAAGGUUUUUUUCACAGUCUGUGCUUUAUAUAAAACAAGAAAAAAAAUUCUUUUUUGAUAUACUAUUUUGUAAUACUGUUACAUUCUGUUUUGAAGUUAUCAGUGCUAAAAAUAAAAUAACCUAUUUUAAGUUCACUUUGACAAGUAAUUAAAAUUUUUGAUAAACUAGUAGUAAGUAAUCGAGAUUAGUUGCAAUCUAUGACGAAAUGUCAAGCAAUAUAUUGUGUUAUUGACUGAUAAUUAGGAUCUACUAUUUUUGUUAUAUUUGAUCUAUGGCACAGUCCUCUGCUCUAGUCACAAUCCCUUUAUUCUAUGCAGUUAAAUUGGUGUUAAUUUUUUAUAAAAGAACUUUAAAAAACUUGAAAGAAUUAUACAGCCGGAAAUUAUUUUUAAAGAUGUCUUUAAAUUAAUAUAUUAUCUAAAUUUAAAAUUGGAAUCAGUAGUGUUCUACCACAGAAAAUCAGGUUAUAAUUAUAACAUUUACAAAUACAUAACAAUAGAUAGACAUUUUUAUGAAAUCCAUUGUUUUUACUAAGGAAAUUCGAGUAAUUAUUCAAAGUAAACAAUUCAAAUGAAAGCCAAAAUUAACAUUUUAGACAUCACAAUAACUUUUCAUUUUAGCUUCUUGAUGCAAUGAUUGACCACAACAUAAUUGGUUGCUAUGAUUGAUAGUGUUAUUUUUAUGUCUUGUAUUUAUUUAGUCCGCUUUUCAUGAGAUUAUUUUAAAAUACUUUGUACAGAUUUUUGUCAAAAUUACAAGUUAAGCUUAAGUGUUAAAUCCUAGUUAUUAAUUAUAAUUAUCUUAUUACUAUAUUUAUUGUUAUUAAAAUUCUAAAUUUAUGUAUACUAAUUAUUAAUUAGACUUUAAUAAUUUAUACUCUAUACUAAAUAAUUAUGGAUAAAAUACAAAUAUUUACAAAGUGUGAUAAAAGUGUUAUUUACAAUUUCAAAUCAUAUUUCAUUAUAUAAAAUAAUAUAAAUUCAUGAUAACUAAAUUCUAACGUCACUUUUGACCUGAGAUGUGAAUUGGGAGUAGCCAUUUUGAAUAAAGUUAUGCAAUUUUCAAUGGAAAACACAGCAAAUUUCUAAGUAAUGAAUAUUUUCAAACCUGAUAAAAUAAUAACAUUUGCUUUGAGACAACUACAGUAACACACAUGUACUGUAUAUAUGAAUCAGGCUAUGAUUUUUGGAAAAUGGUCAAGGUGAAUAUUUUUCUGUAUCAAUCUACAUGAAAGAGAAACGUUAAAUUUAAAUUAAAAAAAAAUUCACAAGCUAAACCUAUAAAAUGCAAAUCUCCCUAUGUGAAAAGAUUAUUGUACUAUAAUCACAAUUUGUAUUGUUGAGUCUGUGUAGUAUCAAAUUGUAAACAAGAAACUUAGUACAAUGGAUGUGUUUCUUACCUACAAGUAUGUUUUUAUAAUUUCUUGAAAGAUAUUCUACCAGCUUCUUCUUAUUGGAUUCAAAUACUUAAUUUAUAAACAAACCCUCCAAUAAUGAAGAAAUUUCAU